AUUUGCCACCUCCAAUUCGAGAUCUGUUAAAUUUAUAAAACUCCUGGUGGCGCGUUUGCCCCCACCGUCUCUCUGUCUCUGCUAGUCACACAGCAGUAAAAAUGACGACCUCUAUGGGACCUCCACCUCCUAAAAACCCUAACCCCUCGCCCUCCACCGCCGCCUCCUCCACCACGAUGACGACCUCCGAACAACCCAAAACUCUCGACGAACCUCAAGAUUCUUUAGUGAAAGGCCAUAUGGGCCCACCUCCACCACCGCCCCCGAGAAACACUAUACCUUCCGAAUCGGAAGCCGUCGAAAAUCCAAAUUUGAACUCACCCAAUUCCAAUUCAAUACAGCCCUCUGAACAGAGCGUGAAGCGGUCCUCAGUGCCUUACACCAUUCCUGAAUGGAGCGGGCCUCCUUGCCAUAACUUUUACCUUGAAGUUCUCAAAGAUGGCUCCAUCAUUGAGCAAUUGGAUAUCUACGAGAAGGGGGCUUAUAUGUUUGGGCGUGUAGAUCUCUGCGAUUUUGUUCUUGAGCAUCCUACCAUCUCUCGAUUCCAUGCUGUUCUCCAGUUCAAAAGAAAUGGAGAUGCCUACCUUUAUGACCUCAACAGCACACAUGGUACUUUCAUUAACAAGUGUCAGGUUGAGAAAAAGGUUUAUGUGGAACUACAUGUUGGUGAUAUCAUUCGAUUUGGCCUUUCAUCUCGAUUGUACAUAUUCCAAGGGCCAUCUGAAUUGAUGCUCCCGGAAAAAGACUUGAAGCUUCUUAGAGAAGCUAAGUUCCGGCAAGAGAUGCUUGAUCGAGAAGCUUCACUUCGACGAGCAAGAGCAGAAGCAUCUGUUGCAGAUGGUAUCUCAUGGGGCAUGGGAGAAGAUGCUGUUGAAGAAGAUGAGGAUGAUGGCGAUGAAAUUACUUGGCAAACCUACAAAGGACAACUUACAGAGAAGCAGGAGAAAACCCGUGAUAAAAUAAUCAAACGAACUGAAAAGAUUGCUCAUAUGAAGAAAGAAAUAGAUGCUAUUCGUGCUAAAGAUAUUGCUCAAGGUGGGUUGACACAAGGGCAGCAAACUCAGAUUGCUCGGAAUGAACAAAGAAUGACACAGAUCUUGGAAGAACUGGAAAACUUGGAAGAAACGUUAAAUGAAAGUAUCCAGGAAAGUAUUGGCGCACGUGCUGGAAGGAAAUCUAGCAGCAUGAAAAAAGGAACAGCAGAAGAUGAUGAGGAUUUUUUGAGUGAUGAUGAUGAAUUCUAUGACCGGACAAAGAAGCAUUCAAUACAAAAGUCAAAUGAAAAUCAAUCAAUUGAAACUGCUGAUAGUCUUCUUGACAAGAGAGACAACAUCAUGAAAGAAAUGGAAGACAAAAAGGAGUUGCUUUUGAUUGAGAAGAAUAAAACAGCAUUUGAAACUGCAGCAGAAACUGAAGCUGGAGACACACUCGAUGCUUACAUGUCGGGACUGUCGUCUCAACUAGGGCUUGAUAAAACUGUACAAAUUGAAAAAGAAUUGUCUGCUCUCCAAUCUGAACUGGAUAGGAUCUUCUUUCUCUUGAAAAUUGCCGACCCAUCUGGAGAGGCUGCUAAGAAAAGGGAUUCAAGAGUACAAGGACAGAAACCUGAUAAUUAUAAAGCUGAAGCACCUGCUGCUGCUACCAAAAAGCAAUCUACUGUGGAACCAAAGAAAAGCAGUGGGGUGGGAAAACCAAUAGAUGCCUCGAAGAAGAAAGACACAACUCCAGAUUCCAUGGUUGCUACCAUAGAGUCAGACAAUAAGCCAGAAGCUGACAAGGUUGUUGAUGCACCUGAGGUUAAACCUGCUGUUUACACUGUUGUAAAGCCUCAGUGGCUUGGUGCAGUGAAUGAUACAGAAGUGAAAGAGACGAAACAAGAAGUGUUGAAUAUAGAUGAGGCUUACCAAUUCGUGGAUUAUAAAGACAGGCAAAAGAUCUUGCUUAAUGUGGAUGGUGCACAGGAUAAGAUGGAUUCAGGCAUUGAAAGUGCUGCUCCUGGGUUGAUAAUAAGGAAGCAGAAGGAAACUGAGGGACCUGGAACCAAUGAUAACAAAGCUACUGAACAGUCCAUGGCAUCCACCAUAGAAGCCAAGCUCACAGCAGAAGAUGCUGUGGCAUUGUUACUGAAGCAUAAGAGAGGAUAUCAUGCAGAAGAUGAGGUUGGAGGACAUGAAAGCCGGGAAGUAGGCCAAAGUCAACAUAAUAAGGAUAACAAAAGACCAAAAAGAGUGCUUGGCCCUGAGAAACCAUCAUUUCUCAACGGCAAUUCAGAUUAUGAAUCAUGGGUCCCUCCUGAAGGACAAUCAGGUGAUGGGCGAACCUCUCUGAAUGACCGAUAUGGAUAUUGAUGUGACAUUCUUGUCUUGUCAUGACAUGGGCCCUAAGCAUGACCUGUUGUGGGCAAACAUGUUUUACAAGGGUAUGAUGACGCUGAACUUUACUUAAGCCUUAAUGAUGACAGUUCGAGUCAGACGCAUCCUGCAAAAUAAUGUGCUUUUGUUUAACAACUCCAAGGCAAAUAGAGAAGGGUGGUUGAAAGCUGUUCUGUGUUAUUGAUCUAGUUGCAUUUGGCGAACUUAUAAUUAAAAAUCAUUUAGGUUGGAGAUGUUCUUCAGGGAUCAUUUCUAGAUCAAGAGAAUGCCACACCUUAGUUGCAUUUGGACAAGCAUUAAGGGUCAUGAAGGAUUUAAUGCACUAAUGUCCAGAAAAAUGCAGUUUAUACUGAUGUGUAAAUAUCAAAUAGUUUCGUCCAAACAUGUAGUCAAAUAAAAAGAUACUAGCAAUUCAAGCAAGGAUUGGUUUUGGAA